UGUAACAAUCAAUCUUUUUUUUUAUUAACCAGUUUGUGUUGUGAUUUAUUAAUUUAUUGGUCUAGUCAAUUUCACCGAGAGUAAAUGAAUAAUGAACAUAAAUUUUCGUGAACUUUGCUAUUGAAUCUUAAAUAAGUGAUUUCAUACAAUAGAGCUGUAAGUUGAUUGUGAUAAUUACAAGCUUUGAAAGGUUUUAUUUAAAAAUGAGAUCGUUACAUUGGGAACAAUUUAAAUCUAUGUACAAAAAGGAUUGGCUCAUACGAAGGCGACAUUAUAUUGUUACAUUUUUCGAGCUUUUUUUACCAAUCGCUUUGAUCGGUGUUCAUCUUUACUCAUUACCCGAUCCUGAUCAAUCACCAUACCCAAAGUCUUUCGAUUCAUCGUCAUAUUUAAGUGAAUCGAGUGCUUCUCAAACGACGAAUAAAUUAUCUGCCCCAAGACGAUUAAGUGCUAAUAAAAAUGACGAUUAUUACUAUUCUAAUACAUUUUAUUGUUCUAUCGAUGGAACAUCAAUUUUCUACACCUUACCUGAUGAAUCUACACCUGAUUUUAUCCGAUUAACGCAACAAAAAUGUGGAGUCGAAACGUUUCCUUUGGCUGGAGAUAAGGAAGUGAUCAAAGCUUGGGGAAAUGCAAUGAAAUAUGAAUACUUCUCACAAGAAAAUGGUCUUUUUUUUCACGAACUUGACCCAGUUUUGGGUAAAGCCAAUUACUCGAUUGGUGGUAAAUCUCUUGAUUAUUCUGGUCCAUGGAUUGAUAUUGAAUAUGUGCCAUUUCAAGAUUAUAUUGGUGUACAAUCGCUUAUCAAUCAAUUGUUAGCCUUCUAUCCCGACUACUCAAAGUUGGUUAGAACUGAUUUAACUUACGAUUAUACCGCUAAACUUUUUCAAGAGGGUAAUCCUAAAUCAGGUAGCAUAAUGAUCGAUACCCAAUCUGAUGAUGAAAUGAAAUCAAUUUCACCAGUACAAGCUACUGAUUUCUAUCAAGGUUACACUUUUAUUGAGGUUGGUUUUCUUUAUCUAUCAACUAUAAUAACCCGACGAGUGCUUCGAGAAAAAGUAACCAAUUCGAAGGAGUUACUACGAAUCAUGGGUCUUAGUGAUCUCAUUUAUUGGGCCUCACAUUUGAUUAAUUAUUUUACUCUAAGUGUCUUCCAUGGAUCGAUAAUAACACUCAUAUAUUCUGUAUCAAGUAAAAAUCCAUACCCUGGUUGGAAUGCUGGUAUUUUCUGGUUCAAUUAUCUAAUCAACAGUGUCACCAAUAUUCUGUUCUCAUUUACCUUUACAACGAUACUCUCUCGUCCUGUUGUCGGUGUUUUAAUUGUUCUCGUUGGUCGAACAGCUUUGGCUUAUGUACCUUUCGCUGCGAAAACAGCUUCAUUGUCUGUGUCAUGGUUAUCACCUAAGGUACUCUCUUGUUUACUUCCGAGUGGCCAGUUACAUUUCUCGAUUUAUGAUAUGUUUUACUUUGGUGAAGUUGAGAAAAAAGUAUCUUUCUCACAGAUCUUCAAGUCUAUUGAUGUUUCUGAUACAAUUAGUUUUGGUACCAUCUAUCUCGUUACUCUAUUUUCUUGGAUAUUGUACAUUUUACUCCUCUAUUAUCUAGAUUCAGUGUGGCCAUGGCAAACUGGUACCCCAAAGCCAUGGCAUUUUCCUAUCUCACAAUUUUUAUCAAGAAAAGGGGAAGAUAAUUCAAUCGGUGGAUCAGCGUUUGAUAUGAAUGAAUUACAACAAGAUUCUAAUCAAAACAAAAUAAUUAGUAAUAAUGAGCCAGUACCAGAAAAUUUGAAACCAAGUAUUCAGUGUAACAACUUGUACAAAUCAUUUGGUUCUAUGGGUUCGAAAAAGUUUGCCGUCAAUGGAGUGAAUGUUAAUAUUCUCAAAGGUCAAAUAACUGUUCUCUUAGGUCACAAUGGUGCUGGUAAAACGACCACAAUGUCCAUGAUCACUGGAAUAUUAAAACCUUCGUCUGGUAACAUUUAUGUCAAUGGAAUUGAUGUUCAUAAGAAUACGGUAGCUGCUCGUCGAUGUCUCGCUUUGUGUCCUCAACAUGAUUUACUAUUCGAAGAUCUCACUGUUCGAGAGAAUCUAGAGCUUUGUGGUGGACUUCGAGGAUUAAGUCGACAGACUAAGAAAGAACUUAUUCCAUUGAACAUGAAACGAGUAAAUUUAACAGAAAAAUCAAACACAUUAGCAAGUAAUUUAUCGGGAGGAAUGAGACGUCGUCUUCAAUUGGCCUUGGCUCUUUCGACGGCAUCAGAGAUAUUGAUUCUCGAUGAACCAACGUCAGGUUUAGAUCCAGAGUCUCGGAGACAAUUGUGGGAUCUUUUGUUAGAACUGAGAAAAGACUUGACAAUAUUAUUGACAACUCAUUUUAUGGAAGAAGCUGAUGCAUUGGGAGAUCGUAUAAUUAUCAUGGGCUCAGGAAAAGUAAAAUGUUCAGGAUCAUCGAUGUUUCUUAAGAAACAGUUCGGAGCCGGAUAUUCAGUUCGUCUGGCUAAAGAUACAUGGUCAUAUGAACCUAGUAGAUUAUCAAAUCAAAUAAGGUUCGUUUUUUCUGAUGCACAAAUAACCAACGAAACCAGUGAAGAAGUGAUCUACCAGCUUAAUAAUAGAUCCGAUCAAGGGUCGACUUCAGAUUUAGCAGAACUUUGUGAUACUCUUGACAAGAAUCAAACCUCAUUAGGUAUCACUUCCUAUGGAAUAUCGGUAACAACACUUGAGGAUGUUUUUCUCAAGGUCGCUGAAGAUGAAAGUAAUCAAACAAUAAUAACAAUGGAAGACAAAUUGUUUGAAGUUAAUAAAAUUCUUGAUUAUCAAAGAUUAACUGGAUCCAGAUUGUUUGCUCAACGUAUCAGAGGAUUAGUUAUGAAAAGAUUUCAUUACACAAGAAGACACUUUAAGACAAUUGGAUUCACUAUAAUUCUUCCAGCCUUGGUUAUGAUUUUCACUUUUCUUGCCUCUCGAAAUGCAAUGGGAUAUGUUGAUAAAUCUUACAGGGAUUAUCCUUAUCCCAUCGAGAUUAGUGCCAAACAAAUCUAUGGUCCUGAUGUGAAAGCAGUAAUUCGAGCAUCAUUUACUAAUGAAAAAAAUCAGCAGUUUAUUGAUGGAUAUCGAGAAUCAAUGAAAAGUUUGGGUAUCCAAGUGGUUGAUAUAAAUUCAUCAUUAACUAUUGCUGACUUUUUAUUGGCAACAUCGCAAAAUGCUGAUCAAUUUAUGAAAGAUCAUAUAUUCGGUAUUAUUGAGAAAGAUCCAUCGGACACUCAUUCCUAUUCAAAGUCAGCAUUUAGUUUAUGGUACAAUCCAAAAGCUUCAUUAUCGUUGCCGUUGACGGUUGAUGCUUAUACAAAUACUUUGCUAAGAGUGAAAAGACCUGAGCUAAAGUCACCUUCGUUGUACACAACAUACAUGCCGAUGCCAAAUCGUCAAACAUCACAGCCCAAAUAUAAAUCAAUUGUCGCUCGAAUUUUGUCAGCUCUUUUUAGUCCCGUUGCUUUUUGUCUCAUCGCUGUUUCAUAUUUCCUAUUCCCUUCAACAGAAUCUCAAAAUAAGGCAAAUUUAAUUCAGAAAAUGAGUGGAAUCAAAGCUCCAGUAUUUUGGUUUAGUCAUUACAUUUUCGAUCUAAGUUAUCACAUGAUAAUAUUUCUAGUCGUAUUUAUAUCAAUUAUCAUCAUCGAUCAAUUUCUUUUCAUAAGUUUUAAAACUUUCGUUUGCUUCGUGAUACUUUUCAUAUUAUAUGGAUUGGCAUCGAUUCCAUUGUUCUAUCUAUUCUCAUUUUUACCUGUGGCUCCUGAUAGUGGAUUCUCAUUACUAGCAAAUAUCUCACUUGCUAGUACUCUUAUUGGUUCGGGAUUAGCUGCGAGUCUUGUGGCUUUUGGACAAUUGAAAUCGAUUCACGUCUUUAUUGGUAACUUUCCUCCAUUUGCAAUGUCAUUUGGAUUGUCCAAAAUCUAUGGGUCGAUUAAAUUGUUCACUGAAUGUAAAAAGAUCAAUGCUUGUCCGGACGGGAACAUAUUUGCUCGUGAUAUUUGUUGUGCAAACAAUGCAACUUACAUACCAUAUGAACCUUUUGCAUGGAAAAAUGAUGGAAUUUAUCCGGAAAUAGUGAUGCUUAUUGUUGACACUAUUUUGUACACAUUGGUAUUGAUAAUUCUGGAUAUGAACUUACAUCGACUUGGAUAUUGGUACGAAUCGAUUCGUGCAAGAUUAUCAUCAGAUGGAAAAUCCGAAAAUGGUGUUGAAGAUGAAGAUGUAGUACGAGAGAGAGAUCGAGUAAAACAAUUGAUUGGUUCAAAUGGAAUACGAAAUGAAGCUUUAAUUGUUGAUGGUUUAACUAAAGAUUUUGGUUCAUUUCGAGCUGUUGAUAGGAUUACUUUCGGUGUACAUAAAGCAGAGUGUUUUGGUUUGUUGGGUGUUAAUGGUGCAGGUAAAACAACAACAUUCCGAAUGUUAACUGGAGAUAUUAUGGUUACUUCAGGAGAUGGUUAGGGAGGAUAUUCAUUGCGAAAAGAUUUACUCAAUUUCCAACAAUCAAUAAGUUAUUGUCCACAAUUUGAUGCGCUACUUGACAAUUUAACUCCAGUGGAAAGUUUAAUGUUAUUUGCACGAAUCAGGGGAAUGCCUGAAAGUAAAGUAAAGGAUAAUGUAAAUUAUAUAAUUGAAUCAACUGAUUUAACUUCAUUCGCCAACACAUGUAAUCAGAAUCUAAGUGGUGGUAAUAAGAGGAAAUUAUCAUUGGCCAUUGCAUCUAUUGCUAAACCAGAGGUGAUUUUCUUGGAUGAACCAACCACCGGUGUAGAUCCAGCAUCGAGACGGAAAAUAUGGUCCACAUUGAUUCAUCUUCGUGAUACAAGUGGAUCAUCAAUUGUACUAACCAGUCACUCUAUGGAUGAAUGUGAAGCCUUAUGUUCACGAAUCGGUAUAAUGGCUCGAGGCAAUUUCAAGUGUCUUGGUUCAUCUCAACAUUUAAAAGAAAAGUUUGGACUUGGAUUUACAUUGAUAAUUAAAAUGACUCAAUCCAAUCAACAAUCUAAUCAAUCGGUCCAAUCCAAUCAACAAUUGGAUAAAAUUAAAAGAUGGAUGGUCGAGAAAUUCCCUUCGUCCAUUUUGAGAGAUGUUCAUCAAACUAUUCUUCAUUAUCAUAUAACGGACACUUCACUUCGUUGGGGUGAAAUGUUGAGGUGUUUAGAUGAAGCAAAACGAUUAUUGCCCAUUGAAGAUUUUACUUUAACUGGAACAACAUUAGAACAAAUUUUCUUAUCAUUUGCUAAACAAACUUAACAUUAAUUAUUCUCAUUACAGUUUCAUUCAUUAACAUCAAUUAUCAUUUUUUUAAAAUCUAUUUAAUCAAUAAACAUUUAAGAUUCACUAAGA